AUGCAGAACUACUUGGUCUAUGGCUUAGGACUGACAGAAGUCGAGUUGGACAUCUUAACUGGCAAUCAUUUAAUUAGGCGCGUGGAUAUUCUGGAAGACGCUGGUGAAAGUCUGAGUCCUUACGUUGAUGUUGGCCAAGUCGAAGGCGCAUUUGUCAUGCUGCUGGGCUAUUGGCUAACCGAGCAUUUGGUGUAUGACCGGCAAACUGGCCAGUUGUUGACUAAUCGCACGUGGAAUUACAAACCGCCCGGCGCCAAGGAUAUACCCAUCGAUUUUCGCAUCGAGCUGCUGCAGAAGAACCCCAACCCAGCUGGAUUCAUGCGCUCAAAGGCUACGGGGGAGCCGCCUGCCUGUAUGGCAGUGAGUUCGAUUUUCGCCGUGCAGCAUGCCCUGCAAUCGGCGCGCCAAGACGCUGGACUGCCGCGUGAAUGGGUGCGGCUUGGCGCACCAACAACGCCAGAGAUAAUCGCUUUGAAUGCCGGCACUGAUACGAGCACAUUUUCUUUGGAAUAGCCA